CUCCCAGUCUGAACCCUGAAAAUUUUGUGCAACAUGAUCUUCAACGCGCGCAAGCCACAUUCCGGGCGGAUGACAGGUCUACGCAUUCCGGACUGACAUCCAUGCCAAUGGAGACUCGAUAACUGAACGGAUGAUGGAACUUCCUGAUAACAGGGGCAUCUGCUUUCGUGGCCGAUCUCAACAGGACGAUCGGGACGUGCUUGGCUCAAACUCCCAAUGUGGCAGUCUGCCCGACACCGAUCCGUAUCCUCACGGUUCCAUGCUAGCUGAGAACUUUAAUUUUCUCUGUUUUGGGCCAGCACAGAAUCAAGAGAAUCCCUUGAUAGAACGUCCAAAGCCUGGGGGACCAAAAUCGCCGUGAAAAUUCUCCAUCCACGACAAGAUAAUCCCUCUAGGCAGUCAAAUUCCUUAGCGUCUGCUUGAUUUUCGUGACGGGGCAUGGGCUGGACAAUUCUGUGGACGAUUCUGUCUCGUGGCGCCGAGUAGUUUAAAACUCCCAAACAAGCGGCCAAGCCGCCUUCUUUACCCUGAUGCCACAGAAACCGUGAAGAAAAACAACCUCCCGUUGUUUCUUCAGCGAUGCAAACAAUCUCCUAGGCAAGGGUCAAAAUACACCGAGCCUCCGACAGUCGGCAAAACUCAGAGUGGUAAUCUUGGGUCAUCUGCGAACGGCACGGGGGCUGCUUGCUUGAUCCAAGAGCUGCCCCGUACCAGUCUCCUUAAACACGAGCCGGGGCUCAGAACCGAAGAGCCCUUCUUUUUUUUUUUUAUGCAGCCGUUUGCUCGGAGCUAAUUUAUAUGCUUUCCGAGAUUUUUUUUCUUUUUUUUCUUUUCUUGCAGCCAGGGUGCCUAUGACGUUGGCACUAUCGAGUCGUCUCGAUUCAUAUUUAUAUAUACUUCGUAUCAUACCUUGCUUUUUUCUCGACCAUACAGGAGUCAAAUAGUGCACGUUUGAGCUUUCCUUUUACAAAGGUCCUCCGUACAUACAUACAUCGCUGCUUCUUGAGUUACACCGAUUGUUCGGAUACUUGUUUGCUAAGAUCCCCACGGCCACAUUCUUUGAUCGACUUUGGGAUCGUCGUUUUCUUGUUUUUAUUUUUUAUUUUUCCAUCCAAUUACACGUGGAUAUCACUUUGCACAUUUCGAUAACUCCCUUUCUCGUCCCAAAAAGAGAGAAAAAAAAAAAAGGAAGAAACUAUCGUCCUUCGCUGAUAUGACAUCCUGGAUCAGAAGAUUUCGAAAGGAGUCCAGCGAGCAGGUUGCGACGAAGGAGCCCGGAUCAAUCACGACCGCAUUCAGCGACAAUCCGUCCUCUGGAGCAGAAAAUGAUAAAGAGGCGGCCUCGAUGAACUGUUCCAUCCCUGGGGAGCCAGCGGCAGUCGCGUCACUUGAGCAGCCUAGGGACGCGCAAGAAACAAGCGAAAAAAGUGAAAACGCAAGAGCAGAACCUGAAUAUGCCUCGGGAAUAACUUUAUUGAUUAUCAUCAUCGGGCUGUCCCUUGCUGUACUCCUCGUUGCAUUGGACAACACGAUUAUCACGACAGCUAUUCCAACAAUCACUAACCAUUUCAAGGCUCUUGAUGAUGUCGGUUGGUAUGGAAGUUCAUAUCUCCUCACUACCUGUGCCUUUCAGUUGGUGUUUGGGAAGGUGUACACUUUCUUUCCUGUGAAAUGGGUGUUUUUGACCGCCAUCGGCAUUUUUGAAAUUGGCUCAGUUGUUUGCGGAGCUGCGCCAAGCUCCGAAGCUCUCAUCAUUGGCCGUGCUGUUGCUGGUAUGGGCGCAUCGGGGAUAUUCUCUGGUGCUUUGGUGAUUGUCGCUUAUACGGUUCCCCUGGAGAAACGACCCAUCUAUAAUGGUCUUUUCGGGGGCAUGUACGGUAUCGCUUCGGUUGUUGGUCCACUGAUGGGCGGUGCUUUUACAGACCAUCUCUCCUGGAGGUGGUGCUUCUAUAUCAAUCUCCCAAUUGGUGCCGUGACCAUCUUCGCCAUCCUGGUUUUCCUCAAGGCCCCAAAACAAAAUCUCAACACCUCGUUAAGCUGGAAAGCCCGCCUAUUGCAGCUUGAUCCAAUUGGUUCUGCAGCGUUCAUGCCCGGUGUCGUCUGUCUUCUCCUCGCUCUCCAGUGGGGUGGCACCAGAUAUGCCUGGGGCAAUUGGCGCAUCAUCAUUCUUUUCAUUCUCUUCGCGAUAUUGAUCAGCGUGUUCAUUGGAAUUCAAAUCUACAAAGGUGAUAAUGCAACUGUUCCUCCACGCAUUUUCACACAGAGAAGCAUUUCAUCCGCAGCUUUCUUUGCACUCACAUUAGGAUCCUCGUUCUUCAUAAUUGUCUUCUACCUGCCUAUUUGGUUUCAGGCUAUCAAAGGCGCUUCGGCCACAAAGUCGGGAAUCAUGGCUAUUCCACUAGUCUUGGCUUUGGUGAUUUUCUCCUUGUUGAGUGGAAUCGGAACUACCGUUACUGGAUACUAUACUCCGUUUACGUACGUGGCAAGCAUCUUAUCGACAAUUGGGGCAGGUAUGCUCACGACCUUCACUACGACCACCGGCCAUGAAAAGUGGAUUGGGUAUCAAGUUAUCUUCGGCACUGGGCUUGGGUUUGGAUUCCAGCUACCGCUCAUUGCAGCCCAAACCGUACUGCCGCUGGAGGAUGUGGCAGUUGGAACUGUGAUUGUUAUGUUCGCCCAGACGUUUGGUGGAGCGUUGUUCGUAUCUGUUGGCCAGAACGUUUUCGGCAAUCGCCUUAUGAGCGGCAUCAGGGAAGCAGUGCCAGAUAUAGACCCGUCGCUGGUAUUGGAAGUCGGCGCCACCCAGCUCAAGGAGCUGGUACCGCCGGCCCUUCUAGAUAACGUUCAGGAGGCAUACAACGCGGCUCUUACCAACACCUGGUACGUGUCCGUUGCCAUGUCUGCGAUAGGCAUCAUUGGCGCCCUUGGCUUGGAGUGGAAGAGUGUCAAGGGAAAGCAAAUCCAGCCAGGUGUAGUCUAAACAUGGGUCCUUUCGGCCUGCUUGGUGACCCAAAAAUGUCACCCCGCGGCCUCUGGUCCCGCCGUAUUGCAGGAGGGACAUGGUACCGACUUCGAGCGUGGUGUUAAGUGAUCGCUGUACUUUUAUGUUUCCUUGGGAGCAUUAUCUGGGAAAUUUAUUUGGCUUUUCGUUUUUCAUGACAAUGUGUUCGCUGCGGGAGAGGAUCUCUCAUCUGCUCUGAGAAAAAGAGCUUGGCGUUUGGCGGAAGAAAUAUCUCAUGCAUAUGUACAGUACAAAGCUCUCUGCUUUUGCCAAAAAAAAAAAAACAGAGUGAUAGAUGCAGAAAUCCAUAUAGCAUUAUUUAAUGGACAGGGCUGGAGAAGCG